AUGACGCGAUUGACUUGCUGGAGGAUUCUUGGCACUCCCACUGAGGCUGAGUGGCCAGGUGUCAGUCAGUUACCGGACUACAAGCCAACAUUCCCCAAAUGGAAAGGCAGCUCUCUAGCCGAAAAGAUGGCAAACUAUAUGGAUCAUGACGCGAUUGACUUGCUAGAGGAAAUGCUGGUAUACGAUCCUGCUCGUCGUAUCUCAUCCAGAAAGGCACUUCACCAUCCCUACUUUCGAUGA